UUCUUUUUUACUCUCCAUCCAGCAGAAGAGUGAGUAGUUAAACAGACUUAAACCACCGUCACUCAUUAUUCACAAUAUACUCAUCAAUGCCAAUCAAGCAACCCCUUUUGACCUUUCUCUCUCACUAUUUCUCACUCUUUCUCUUCUCGGUUCUUCUUUAGCUGAAACCUCUAGUUUUUUUUUUAGCAAAACAAGGAGUGUUGCCAGUUGUGUUGGCCUUAGAUGCUGCUUCAAGCAAUUGGUUCACUCAUGGGAUUCCACCUUGCAUUGUUUCUCUUUUUGGCUUCUCUUCAAGUUACGUUAAGUAAAGAUAUUUUACAUGGUUCACUACUAGUAAAUGGAGCUCUAACAAAAGCUGAAACAGGUGAUAACUUUAUUUGUGCCACUAUUGAUUGGUGGCCUCAUGAUAAGUGCGACUACGACCAUUGCUCUUGGGGAUAUUCAUCUGUUGCAAAUUUGGACUUGUCUCAUCCUUUCCUUGCCAAGGCAAUCCAAGCCCUCAAACCAUUAAGGAUAAGACUUGGAGGUUCUUUGCAAGACCAGGUGGUAUAUGAUGUUGGAAGUUUGAAGUAUCCUUGUCAUCCAUUUCAAAAGAUGAAAGGUGGAUUGUUUGGAUUUUCAAAGGGAUGUUUACACAUGAAAAGGUGGGAUGAGCUGAAUCAUUUAUUCAAUCAGACAGGGGCCAUUGUGACAUUUGGUUUGAAUGCGCUCCGUGGGAAGCACCAGAUUAGUCAUAAUGUUUGGGAAGGGGCAUGGGACCCAACAAAUGCUUAUGAUUUUAUAAAGUACACUGUUUCAAAAGGAUACAAGAUUGACUCGUGGGAACUUGGCAACGAGUUGAGUGGUACGGGUAUUGGUGCAUGUGUUGGCGUUGUGCAGUAUGGGAAAGACUUGAUAAACCUUAAACGAAUUCUUGAUAUGUUAUACGAGAACUCUAGGUUCAAACCCUCACUUGUAGCACCUGGAGGAUUUUAUGAAAAGGAAUGGUAUGAUAAGCUUCUUCAGGUUUCCGGUUCAGGCAUAAUCAAUGUUCUGACUCAUCAUCUAUAUAAUUUGGGCCCAGGCAGUGACAGUCAUCUUGAAGGGAAGAUUUUAGAUCCUGAGCGCUUGAGCAAGGUGGAAACAACUUUCAGCAAUCUUGCAGAAACCAUUCAAAAACAUGGUCCUUGGACUUCUGCAUGGGUAGGAGAAGCUGGUGGGGCUUACAACAGUGGCGGUCGUUUUGUUUCCAACACUUUUCUGAAUAGCUUUUGGUACUUAGAUCAACUUGGAAUGGCAUCCAGCUACAACACUAAAGUUUAUUGCAGGCAGACUUUAAUUGGAGGGAACUAUGGCCUUCUCAAUACCUCCACUUUCACUCCUAAUCCUGACUACUACAGUGCACUUUUGUGGCAUCGGCUGAUGGGAAGGAAGGUUCUUGCAGUUUCGAGUGAUAUUUCUUCACCUUUUUUACGCACUUAUGCCCUUUGUUCAAAAGACAGAGCUGGUGUAACAUUACUUGUGAUCAACUUAAGCAAUCAAACUCACUUCAUACUCAAUGUCAAAAACCCUGUAAGUGUAAAAGCAAGUGAAGUGACCAAAAGCAUUCAUAAAGAAAGGAAUUCAUUCAUUCAUAACCUCAAGAAAACAUUUUCUUGGGUUGGAACAAAAGGGUCAGAGGUAACAUUUAGAGAAGAGUAUCACUUAACUCCAAAAUAUGGUAACCUCAGAAGCCAAACCAUGGUGCUGAAUGGAAUUCCACUCAAGUUAACAAAUGAAGGAGAUAUUCCAACAUUGAAUCCAGUGCACAGUAAUGUAAGAUCUCCAAUAUAUAUAGCUCCUUUGUCCAUUGCAUUUAUUGUGUACCCUAACUUUGAUGCUCCAGCUUGUGCUGGACAUUGAAAACUAUAGUUUAAGGUUUUUUAUAUAGUGUUAUAAAACUAGGUAUUAGAACUAUAUGGAAUUGCAAGCUCUUGGUAAUUGUAAGUAGUGAGCAAGUUAUAGCCGUUGCAGUAAUUUUAAUUUUGAUGAAACAUAAAAAUGUAUCAACUUGUGAAUAAAUUGUGAGUUUUAUUUCUGGUUUAACCGU